UUUGCCGUGCAUUAGAUUGUUUUUCUGGCUGCCCACUGCAAGCUAACAGCGACCAGUUGGACUAUUCGUGAUUUUGUGAUUGUAUAAAAACUAAAAAGGAUUUAAAAAAUAUAUACCCGAUGAGGUAACAUCUUGUUGGGUGAGAACCAGGCAGGAAGGAGUGGUCUCAGACCAAAAGCAGCAACAGUCAUGGUUUGGAGAGCAGGCCUUCUGCUCAGCAUACUGCUAGCUACAGCCACACACACCAUGUCUGCCAGCUUCCCAGAGGACAGUAUACCCCUGGACGCUGUCGAUGCACACUUCUCGCGGCAGUACCCAGUGUUCCGAGGUCGUCCGUCGGGGAACGAGUCACAGCACAGACUGGACUUCCAACUGAUGACCAAGAUACAGGAUACACUGUUCAUCGCUGGCAGAGACCAGGUGUAUCUAGUGAGUCUCCGAGAAUCCUACAGGAAUGAGAUCAUUCCCUACAGGAAGUUAACAUGGAGGUCAGGCGAGGCAGACAGAAAGAACUGUGCCAUGAAGGGGAAACACAGAGAUGAGUGUCAUAACUACAUCAAGGUUCUGGUUCCCAGAAAUGAUGACCUGGUGUUCAUCUGUGGAACAAACGGCUUCAACCCCAUGUGCCGGUACUACAGGCUGGAUAACCUGGAGUUUGAUGGGGAGGAAAUCAGCGGACUGGCACGAUGCCCGUUUGACGCCAAGCAGACCAACGUCGCUCUGUUCGCUGACGGGAAGCUGUACUCGGCAACGGUUGCUGACUUCCUGGCGAGCGACGCAGUGAUCUACCGUAGUAUGGGUGACGGCUCGGCCCUCAGGACUAUCAAAUACGACUCCAAAUGGCUGAAAGAGCCCCAUUUCCUGCAUGCAGUGGAUUAUGGGAACUAUGUCUACUUCUUCUACAGAGAGAUCGCAGCAGAACACAACAACUUGGGCAAGGCCGUCUACUCCAGAGUGGCUCGUAUCUGUAAGAACGACGUAGGCGGGUCUCAGCGUGUGUUGGAGAAACACUGGACGUCCUUCGUCAAGGCCAGACUCAACUGUUCUGUUCCUGGAGAAUCGUUCUUCUACUUCGAUGUUCUACAGUCCAUCACUGACAUCAUCAACAUCAACGGAGUUCCUUCUGUGGUGGGAGUCUUCACUACACAGAUGAACAGUAUCCCAGGGUCUGCAGUGUGUGCGUUCUCCAUGGAUGACAUAGAGAAGGUGUUCAGAGGACGAUUUAAAGAACAGAAAACACCUGACUCUGUCUGGACCGCCUUCCCAGAGGAGAGACUGCCCAAACCCAGGCCAGGCUGCUGUGCGGGUCACGGCCAGGCUGAGUCCUAUAAGACCUCUAUAGAGUUCCCUGAUGAGACCCUCCUCUUCAUCAAGUCUCACCCCCUCAUGGACUCCUCCGUGCCUAACAUAGGAGACGAGCCCUGGUUCACCAAGACACGCGUCAGGUAUAGGCUGACAGCCCUGGCGGUGGACAACGCGGCUGGUCCACAUGGUAACUACACAGUGCUGUUCAUUGGUUCAGAGGCGGGUGUGGUGCUGAAGGUUCUAGCCAAGACUUCCCCUCUGUCCCCAAAUGACAGCAUCCUAUUGGAGGAGAUUGACCUAUUCAACAGAGCCAAGUGUCUGUCUAACAGUGAGGAUGACAGGCAUAUUUUGUCGCUCCAUGUUGACAGAGACACACACAGUGUGUAUGUAGCUUUCUCUAGCUGUGUGGUUCGCAUGCCUCUCAGCCGCUGUGAGCGACACACUAACUGCCACAAGUCUUGUAUAGCGUCCAGGGACCCCUACUGUGGCUGGAUGCCUCAUGGAGCCUGUGAGAGGAUCCUGUCUGGAGUUCUGUCUGGUUAUGAGCAGGAUGUAGAGUUUGGGAACACGGUUCAGCUGGGAGACUGCCAUGUGUUUUUGGCCACUACAUCAGCGACAGAUUACAAAUCAUUUGGUGACCCGACCUCUGACAUGGAGUUGUCAUCUACGUCAUUCACAGACCAGCCCAGUGGGCCCAUACACCCCCCAGUACCCCCAGUACUCACCCCCACCCUGAGCCCCCAUCCUGGGCUUGGUCCUGGGGAAGGGCCUGGGUUGGGGCCUGGGGCUGGUUUUCCAGACCUGUAUGGCUCAGGGUUUGUGCAGCAGGAUGACCCGGCCACCUCCCAUUCACUAGAGUCACUCCCAGGGGGCCUAGAGGGUGUGUGGGAGAUCCAGGCGGGAGAAGCCAAUCAGAUGGUCCACAUGAAUAUCCUGAUCAGCUGUGUAUUGGCUGCCUUCCUCCUGGGGGCGCUAGUGGCCGGCCUGGUGGUGUUCUGCUACAGAGACUCCUUCCUCCGCCACAAGCCCCGGCACGCCCACAAAGAUGCAGAGUCAGCCCCCUCCUGCAGCGACUCCACCGGAUCCUUCGCUAAGCUCAACGGGCUCUUCGACAGUCCUGUCAAGGAGUACCAGCCAAGUCUGGACUGUCCCAAGCUGUACACCAACUUACUGAGCAGUGGUAAGGACCUGACGCCUAACGGAGACACCAAGACCAUGAUCCUCCGGGACGGCUGUCAGCCCCCGGAGCUGGCCGCCCUGCCCACCCCCGAGUCUACCCCUGUGCUGCAGCAGAAAGGCCUGCAGCCAAUCAGGAACCAAUGGGAGCGAGCCAAUCACCACGGGAAGAUCAACGGAUCCAGGAAGAACUCCAACUCUACCUCCUCCUCCAUUGCCAAGAGUCCCCAGUUCCACCCCAGUUCCCCCCCUCCUCACCCCCAGCCCCACCCCCACCCUGCACUGGGACACUCCCACAUCCCCAGCGCCGUCGUUCUUCCCAACGCCACGCACGAAUACCGCAGUGGUUACCAUGGAAACCCGACCGACGACGUCACGCCGCCGCGCACCCUGGACAGGAAGCCAGAGAACAUGGAACACCUGCAGGCCACGCCCCCUCAUUCUAAAGGAAGCAGGAAGGAGCAGAAGAGGUCGCUGGAUGCCAGGAACACACUGAACGACCUGCUGAAGCACCUGAACGAUGCUAACACGGCUAACGCUAGCUCCAAGGUUAUCCUCCAAGAGGGGGCCGGCUCAGCACCCCGACCCAGCAGACAACACCUGAUGCUGGAGCCUCUAGGGGACAUCACUGAGGUUCCCCAGGUCCCCAGCCGAGAGGCCUCUCUUUACUCCCCCUCCUCCUCCUCCUCCCUGCCCAGGCACAGCCCCACCAAGAGGGUUGAUGUCCCACUGCCCUCCACCCCUAGCUCCCCCACAGGCAGCCUGGGUAUGGGAGGAAGCAUGAGCGGCACCCUGGAGAGGAGGUACGGCUCGCAUCACAGGAUCUCUUCUCACAGACACUCCCUCACCGCCACCUCUCCCAACGGGGUCAGUAUGGGGGUGUCGUUGUCCCACCAACACAGUAUGAACAGAGGGGGGUACAUGCCCCCCACCCCUCCCUCCAGACUGGACUCCCAGAGGGGGCUUCACUCCCCCCAUCAACACCCCCACCCCCCCUCCCUGUCCCGCCAGAGCAGCUACAGUGGGCACGGCUCGCUCCCCCGCCAGGGGCUUAAACGAACCCCGUCCCUAAAGCCUGACGUCCCCCCUAAACCCAACGCCUUCACCCCACAGACUCCUCAGAUGAGGGUGGUCAACAAGUACAGCUACUAGGACACUAUAGACACUAUGGAGUGUACUACCAAGUGUACUAACUGGGACGGGGCAGGGGCACUACUGAGUGUGCUCUAGAGCCAGACUGGUUGUGAGAAGGCUUAGGGAGAGAGUAGGACCAUGUGUGUGUCGGGGUGUGUUCCCCGUGGAAUGAUUCAUUCCUUCACUCUAAAAAGAGAAAAUCACACCAGAUGUGACGUGGAGGUCUGUGUCUUGUCUUGUGGCUCCAUGUUUCUCUCCAUCUCACAACACACUGGUCAGUCUCCUCUAACCCUGACCCCUGGCCCUGACUCACUAACCCCAGCCCAGCCCCAGGACAUAAGGCAGGGUGGGGGUAGAUGGGUGUAGGGGUCCUGUAGGGGACUAGCGUGGCCCCCAGUGUGUAGCCUGGCCCUAUGAUCCCGAAGGUGGACGGUACGAGGUCUAACUCCGAGAACUACUUGAAGAAUGGGUCUGAUGUCUCACUGUCACUAAGCACUGUCUGUUUGUGUCACAAAUGGCACCUUAUUCCCCUUUGUUGUCAACUACUUCUGACCACGGCACAUAGGCCUGGUUGUACCUAGUGCACUAUAUAGGGACUAAGGGUGCCAUUUGGGGGACACCCUCUGUCUUCCCAUGAAUGUGAACUGGACUGAACUGAACAAGGAGGAGGAAUACAAUAGAACUGUUUGUAUCUUAUCUGUCUGACUGAUGGGGGAGAGCAGUGAGGAGACACACUAAACAUAGUGUCCCUUUAGUGUCCCUUUAGAGGUAUUUAACACAACUAUAAAGACUGAGGAGGAAGGAAGGCAACAGAGAGAACACCACUGUGUGUCAGCUGGAGGGUAAAACCCAAUGUACAGCAAAAAACACACACACACACACACACACACUUUGCUUGGGGAGGUGAAAGGCCUGGCUGCCUACGUACCCUAACAGGGACCCUCUGUAACUCACUGGGAUAUCUACUAAACACGUUUGCUGCUAUUGGUUUAUGAUGAGUAAUGUAUGUUGAGUGUAUUUAGUCCUCUUAUGUGUCUGUACCCUACAGCUGCCGUUGUCUCCUGACGUGUGUGUGUGUGUGUGUGUGUGUGUGCGUACAGACCAUGCAAUUCAAUGCACUGUUAUAACAGGCUCCAGUGACAUCAGAGUCCUCUAUCAACACAUACCACUCUUCUCCUGUCUCACACAGACACACAGAUACAAACGGGCGAUGCAGAGACCUUUCCUCCAGUCUUUCAAUGUAGCAGAGUGGUAUUUAGAAACAUUUCAUCCAACCCACUUCAACAGGCUGGUGUUGUUUUGGUUUUCUUUAUUUUAUUCAGAAAUGAAAGACGUAAACAUUUUAAGCAACACCAAUGGGUUUAGUUCUGUCAGGUUGAAAUGGCAUCCUGUAACAUGUCUGUCUGUCUCACCUGCCAACUGCAUGUCCAUCACUAGUGUUAGUCUCUGUGCUCCGUUGGGAGUUCACACACUGCUCUCUGUGUGGUAGUUGCCCCAAGGUACAGAUGCAGGAUCAGCUUACCCUCUCUCAAACCUAAUCUUAACCAUUUCCAGGGUAACUGAUCUUAGAUCUUCGGUUCUCUGGUUGCCAUUUUGGUUCCAGAGGCAGUGUUGUGUUUGCAGUUUCCCAGUGAGUGACAAGUGUACAAUCACACCAACAUCUACCAAUGUGUCCUACCGAGUCAUGCUGGUAAUGACAAGAUACUGUACAUAUUAUAAAUAUAUGAGUAUACAUAUUUUUAGGCCAGUUAACCCCAAUCUGUGCAUCGUGUGCCUUAUUCAACGAAUGAUCGAUAUACAGAAAUAUUGAGGGAAAAAAGUGAUUUGGUCCUGAAUGUCAUUAUUGUUACAAUAUAACCUAAGCAACUCUGAUUAUUUUAAUUCAGAGUGAAAUUUGUGUUCUGCAUUUCAAUUUGUAUUUAUCUACCAAACUGCAGUUAUUUUGAUUCUAGAACUAAGAGUCGGUUUAGUCACCAACAUUCCAUUACAAAAUGCAGGCUGAAGCAAAGCAUGCUGGGAUUACAGUAUCCGUAUAUGACCUCAUGAAGAAGAAGGCUGCUGAUAGACCAAGCUGAGGUUCCAUGCAGUGAAUGUACUAUUAUGGCAUGGGGAUGUAGACUGACUCUUGUCUUUUCUCUAAACGCUUUGCUUCAAAACACUCAGCUCAACAUGGCACUAUACAGCCAAUAUACAGGAAACAGUCAAUACAGUACUCAAUAAACCAUCCAACCCAGUAUUAAGGUAAACACUCAGCUCAACAUGGCACUAUACAGCCAAUAUACAGGAAACAGUCAAUACAGUACUCAAUAAACCAUCCAACCCAGUAUUAAGGUAAACACUCCGGGUAAUUAUUAUAGAUCAAAGAUGUGUAUCUAAUGGCUUAAUGAACUGUUCCAUUAGAGUGAGCAGUGGUCAUGUGACCGGGACAUGUAUAACAACAGGAUGUGGGUCAGAUCUCACAUUGACAAUGAGGUUCAUGAUUUGGGUACAUUUACUUUAUUUGGGGAAUUAAUUUGUCUGCCUGUUUGGAACCCGAAGCCACAUUGUGUUUCAAAAAGAUAAUGGUAUUAAUUAAAGUCUGUUGUCUAUCAGUCGUCCUCUGCUAACCAGCGUUUGGGCUCACACACACACACACACACACACACACACACCUGUUCCAUGCGUCCAGACAGGCUGUGCUCAGCUGUCUUGUGCAUUGCCAUAUUGACCUGGGUCUUUGUGUUGCAGUGUCAGUCUAAAGCCUUCCUACCCUCCUGUCUAUCUAUGCUCUGUGUGUGCAGAUGAACCAGCCUCGUUGACAUUACCUUUCUAAUACUGUUCUGAUUGGACAGUAAGCCCUCCUGAUGUUUGUUCAGAGUGUUUGUAGAUAUGUUGUAAAGUUGGAACUGUGAAUGUGUACAAAAUGAUCGUCUUUUGUUUCAGGACUUCUUGUUGAAUUUUUUUUAACACGGCAUGUAUAGUUGAAAUAAAAUAUUACUGCACAGAAUUCUGA